AUGUCUCUUCCUCUCAUCUGGCCUGGGACUUACUUCUUCUAUCCCAUCGGGAACACCUCCGCUGUCUCUCUAACGCGCGACCUCGCGCCAGAGACGCCGGCGAUCAUUCUGCAUCUCGGAUGUGGGGACCCUAGAAAUGUGCUGUACACUGUCUUCUCCGAGGCGCGCACAGCUCGUCGCACCUUGGACUUCACAUGCAAUGACAGCGAUCCUGCCAUCCUCGCGCGUAAUAUCGUACUCCUGACCAUGAUCGCGGAUGGCCAACCAAUCCAAACGAUAUGGAAUGUCUUCUACCACAUGAAGCUGGAUGAGCUGUCCUGGAGGUCACUCAUCGUGCACUGCGACAAACUGCUGGCGAUUGGCUCCACCCUUAACGACUGGCGCGCAAGCAUAUACGGCGCAUAUAUCCGCUUCUCCACGCCGUUCACAUAUGCGGAAGUCCGGCGGCACUGGUCCCUCUAUAGUACCAUGCACGCCCUUCCUCGGCAUGAACUCGAGACUCUCGUCCGCGAGCACGUUACCAGAGUCAUGCAUGUCUCGGGCGCGACAUCGAAUGAUGCGCCUUUGGAGGGCACAUCUGCUCGCUCUGCUGGACCAUUCGCCCACGCCGCAUCCAAAGUCAUGGCGAAAAAGUACAAGUCCUAUUGGGAGAAUGGCACGGUCUUUGACGAACGCUCGCAAAUUCAGGGAGCGGAUAUGGUCAACCCGAUGUUCGUCUACUCCCUUGGUGGCGUACGCAAUUCGGUGCAAAUGGGCCUGGAUCCCCUCACGGGCUUUCAUUAUGCGGACCUGUACGGCAAUGCCGUCAGAGAGGUCACCAGCGCGGAUGUGACGGCGCAUGCCUUGCGCGAGUUCGGCGAUUGGGCGAGCGCGUUCGCGGAUGCCGUACGGCCAGAUUCUGGCAGGCCAGCACCAGUUGUGCGCUUCCUCCUGGGCGAGGCUACGGCCGUCUGUCGAGCGCUGCGCAUCGUUGCUGCAACGGGCCAGACGAAGACUGAUAUCCCCGUUGCACACUUUCAGAGUGCCGUCCUCGAACUCGCGGAGGAGUACGCGGCUGGCGCCAGCGAGAGCGCACCCAUGGAAUUCCACAUCAUCGACACUUCCAAUCUCGACGACCACAUGGGUCUUCUGAACUGCCUGGUCACGUCUCUGCCUCUGCUGUCGACCAUCCCGGAAGCUACGAUUUACACCGAGUCCCUGCUGUUCCGCACCGCCGACGCGUCGACUGAGCUCAAGCGCCGUUUGCAUGCCGACAUCGCUACGAUGGCGCUUCUUAUCGGUAUCGCACCCAUCGACUUCCUGUCCAGCUUUAGCUCGCGAUCCAACGUGCACGAGCUGCGCGCCCAGCAGGACACCAAGAAGGCGCAGUCCCAAUACCAUCAGGUCACGACCUGGAAGCGGCCAACGAGCUGCGACCCCCGAAGCACUGCGCAGCGCGCGUGGCGCCAGCCCAUCCACUUCGACCCCCACACCCUCGGCGAACUCUUGCUGAAGAUCUACAACACGAUGUUCGAGCAGGAGAGCCCCGCGAUCUACAUGGAGCGCAACCGCGACGCGCCAGAGCACAUCGCGUCCAUGCAGUGCAUGCUCAUCUACUACAAUCGCGAGUCCUUCGUCUUCUUCCUCGACCUCGUGCGCAACGCCCUCGGCACGCCGCCGGACAAGUGGGGCGCGGCCAUGGACUGGUUCACGUACUGCCUCAUGCAGCAGCGCGCGAGCCCGCACGACAUGGCGCGCCGGCACGAGCUGCAGACGCUCAUGUACCACUUCGGCGUGUACUCCCUGGGCGGGUACUACGAUGUGCAGCGGUCGCCGCCGACGGGGCUGCUGGCCGCGCGCCUGCGCGCCUGGCGCGCCAUCCCGCCCGUUCUCCGUCUCGUCUUCACCAUACCGCGGGCCUUCUUGACCCUCGCCCUGGGCAACCCGGUGACGGAGCGCGAGUCCGAGCGGGGCAAGGGGGCGCUGCAGCGCCAGACCUUCGGCCUGCAGUGUCACGUCGGCGCGCGCAAGGGCCACAUCUUCACCGCGGUGCAGAUGGUCUUCGGCGCCUUCCAGUCCACCGGCACCCCCGCCGACCCGGUCUUCACCCUUAGGCCAGAUCCCGAGGGGUGGCGCGGGUCCUCGCCGCUGAUCGCUUCGUUCUUGGUCCCCGUGCGGCUGCUGGAGACGAUGGAUGCGAACGAGGCGCAGGUCCGGCUGACGACGCGGGUCGACGAGGUGGGCGGGAUGCAGAUGCCCCCGGUCUACUUGGGCGAUAUCUGGAAAGCGAACUCGCCUGUCAAGGUCUUUCCUGCGAGUUCGCAACCUCUGCCUGCCAUGCCCCAGUAUGCUGGGAAGCGCUCGGCUGCUGCUACCAUCGACGUUGGUGACGGAUUGGGGCCCGUAAUGCUGUCUCGAAAGAUACGCUUGAGGAAUACUGACGCUCCCAGCAAUGCGACGGUCGUCACGCAGUCCUCACCGUGCAUCUUGGCGGCCACAGUGUCUGCGACGUUGGACCCGCACGACCUAGCCUUCCCCUUUCCGAUCAUGGGCGAGGUACACGCAGUGACUCAUGAGCCCGAUGACAUAGUGAAGAUCACCGCGCCCGUCGCUGGCCCGUUCACCUCAGGGGGACUUCAACUGGACCCGUUCCCUCUGAUCGGCACGGACGGGCGACUUACUCCUUGGAACUUACACCGUCUGGAGCUGGAUCGACUGCCCCUAGUACGCAAGACAAGCUGUCAUGAUUGGCUGAAGACGCACUUACGGUUCAGCCUCUCCUCCCGCGAACGCGCUUCUCGGGCGGAGCAAACUGCCGACCCCUUUACUCGUCUCAAAAUCUCCCUGAACGACAUUCUCCUCGCGUUCGCGAAUGCGGACGACGUGCACUCUGUAUUCGCCAUCCAUCAGUCGGACGAGGACAUGCCCCACUGGGUGCUUUUCGCGAAGGAUAUCCACUUUGAUCUUCAGUGUCAUACCGUCGUCCUUGGCGCGUACGCUCUCUCGGUGCAGGGCUCGGAGCAUCCUGUACAGGAGCUGCAAGAUUUCAUGGGCGAGAAAACAACGGUGCAUCUCCCCUGCGACGCGGAGACCACAAAGAUGUGGCAGCACGCCCUUCCCGCCUUCGCCGAGCGAUGCAGGAUCUGGUCGCACACGCCAAACUGCGAGCGGAGCAAUGGUCAGUCCUCUGCGACGUUCUGCGGAUGUGGUCGCGGACAGGCAACGGCACUCCCGGAGGCGUACGCCCCGUUCGCACCUUUCGUGACGCAGGUCGCGUUGUCCCCUCUGUUCGGGGUGUCGUACGUAGAGCCCAUCCUGCGCGGGCGCCAGUGCAGCUCAUGUGGGAAGAAGGGGAACUUAAGGCUAUGCGCACGAUGCAAGAAGGUCAAGUACUGUGGCGGGAGUGCCAGAAGCGCGAUUGGAAGGUGCACAAAGCGCACUGCCAAAAGGCCGUGCGCUAAACAAUCAACUCGAGCCCACCCUAGUACUUGUUGUGCAAGUGCUCAACAUGGCUCUUUCGUGCCCACAUACGAGUCAACAACAAGUCUGAUUUCUCUAGCAUAG